UAUUGCGCACAUGCAUGGAUGGUGUUGUAGAUGUCUUUCGAAGGGUCAGGAUAGAUUUCCAUACAAGAGACAAUCAAACUCAUAACAACACGUGUUUACAGGUAGAUCCUAUUUUCAAAGAAAAGCCGAGGCAUAGAAGACAGCAGUCAGACAUGGAUAAGCUACGACUCCACUACAGAUGAAUAAAUAUCAUUGGUAGAAUUAGAAGUGAUAUCUCAGUGGGGAAAUAAUACAUGCAUAGACUAGGGACAACCUAAAUACACCGGUGACCAACAGGAAAUCUUUAAUUGGAGGUUAAGAUAAAAGAAGAGCAUUCAAGAUGGGUCUCGAACAGUUUAUGUACAGGAUGGGAAAAAACAUUGGCAAAUUGGACAUUCUCAAAUGGAUCAUAAAAGCCAUCCUAUGCAGUGCUGGAUUAAUCGGUCUGGUUGUUGCAUACAGUAUUAUAGGCGCAUUCUUGUUUCAGGCGCUGGAGAACAAUUACUCACAAUCGAAUCUAGAAACGUUAAAAGCAGCCCGCCAAGUCGUCGUGGAUGACUUGGCUCGCAAGAUGCAGCAAAUGUGCGUCCUGGCUGCCGAGGAGAAAGAGAAUGAUGCAAAAGGAGUGAUGUUCUCAGUCUCCGAACGCAGGAAUUUAACAGAGAAUGGCACAGUGCCAAUGGCAGACCCCCCACCGCCGAAUAACAUAACUCUCGAAGAAAGACUUGCCCAGAUCUCGGAUAAUCUCACGCUCGCACGUUGCAAGAAUUCCACGGAGUUAAAGGCACUGAUGGGAGGCGUAAUCAGAGCAUACGAAGAUCAAAUGACACAGCACAGUGGCUGGCAAUUCACCUGGCGUGAUGAUACGAAUCUCAAGGAAUGGACAUUCUCGGAGGCACUGCUGUACUCAGUCACAGUAAUCACAACAAUAGGAUAUGGUAACCUCACACCUAAAACAGAGUGGGGUCGAGUAGUCACCAUGAUCUAUGCCAUGUUUGGUAUACCGCUCAUGUUACUCUGCAUGGCGUAUAUCGGCUCCAUCUGGGCCAACAUCCUCCGCCUCAUCUAUGCCGGCCUGAUCAAGUGCUUCCAAGUAAGCCAUAAGAAGAAAAAGAAGAAGCCAGAAAAGAGUAAAGUGAAAGAGCAACCAUCCACUGAUAUCAAAUCGAGCAAAGACGCAAUCAAGAAAGACAAGCCCGAUGGCGACGCCAAGGAAUGCGAAAAGAAACCGCUGGAUGAGAACGAGAAGGCGGGGUCAUCUCAAGAGGCAGCGGAACCAGAAAAGGAUGGAGACGUCGAGGUUGGAAAAAAAGAAAAAGAGACACAAAAGCCGGAGGAUGAGGAGAUCCGUGUACCGAUAUUAUUAGCGGUGUUUAUCUUAGCUGUCUACAUGGCAUUCGGAGCAGUGCUGUUCCACCUCUGGGAGGGUUGGGGUUACUUGGAGAGCUCCUACUUCUGUUUCAUCACGUUUAGUACGAUUGGAUUUGGAGACUACGUCCCGGGUGGGAAGACUUUAUCGGGUGAGGACACCGAGAAGGCAGCCUUAUGUGCGUUUUAUGUACUGUUCGGCUUGGCAACAAUGUCUAUGUGUAUAAGUGUGAUGCAGGAGGAUGUGGCUAGAUUAGUGGACAAGAUAACGAAUAAGCUAGGUCUGAAUGACAAGAAGAAUGGCUGAGGAAUAAACAUGUAUCCAUACCGACAUUUCUUGCUGACAUGUGGACUACUUAAAAAAAAUUGCACUGUUUUCUGGAACUCUGCCUCAUAUUUGUGAAAGAAUGCGAAAUGUUCUCAUUUUCCUCUUUUGAGGAGAGGAAUGAUUCUUGCAGGUCUCUGUAACAAAAGAAAUUUGACUCAUCUGUAGAGAAGGGGAACUGAUUUUUAAUUCAUCAUAAGUUUCUUAAAAAGGAUUUCUACAACAUUAUUUCUUCAUCAUUUCUUCAUCAUUAUCGAGGUGUUAUGGAUAUUCCUAACAGUGAGAUUCAAACUGUCAGAUGGCGACACUUUCGAAUGGUUUCGACUGUUCAGUUAGAAAUAAGCUCCAUUAUUUGUUAUUGGUAUCGACUGCUAGCACCGGGCGGGGCCACAGCAAAUGGGUUAAAUACCACACAAAUGUAUUACUUCAACACAUUUGUCUGAUUUUCGAAGAACCAACACCUGUUUUGCGGACAAUAGGGAAAAUCAUUCCACCUUUCAUCUGAAACUACGCCAAUUAUUUUACUCUGAAAAUGUGGGUAAUGUCAAAAGUACAGUGCUAGUCAGGAUAAAUACAUGCUGUGAUUUUCUAAUACUUUUUUAUUGUUUAGCAUUGUUUAGUAAAACUUCCAGCAUGUGCUUUGUUGGCCAUUGCACAUUGUAAAGUCCAAUCCCUUUAAUCACACAGAUUCACAAUAACAACGAGUCUCAGUCCACACCUGAUGAGACAUGACUAAAAUCUGUCGUAUUUCACUCAUGCUCAAGACUGUACACAAGCAAAGUUUCUAUGAAAUAUCUAUAUAGAAAUCCUUUACAAACUCUAUGAAAAGAUACUAAAUACAAAUCCUCAUAGAGAAAUUUCAAUAGAAAAUGUUUAUAUUUUUCAUGUAUCAUAGAAUUUUCAUAGAUUUUAAAGGUUUUUCCUGUAUGA